AAGAGAAACAUUCAGUUUUCCUUCGGAUCGCUUUUGAAACUGUGUUGAAACCUAAACAUGUGCAGCGUUGAUAAUACGAAGCGUAUUGCCACCUUUCUCGAGGUGCCACUUGGAAAAGUGGGAUACAAUUCCGAAAAGAUUCUAACCAGGACCAAAUCCUCCUCGGAACCCAGCAUCUCGGGAUUUUCCUCCAUAGUACAGUCGUUGAUCCGCGAAUCGAAAAAGUCUUCAGUGCGGCAGAUUCAUUCGGAUUUUGAGACGGAAUGCCAAAUACUGCAGUGGCUAGACUAUGCUGUACUGUUUGUGGCUCCGUCUAACAAGGAUAAACACACGGCCAAGAACCUGCUGGAAGAACUCAAUUUCUACUUGCAAUCACGAUCGUACUUGGUAAACGAUACUCUCAGCGUGGCGGAUGUUGUGGUUUUCCAUACGAUCCACGAAACUAUGGCAAAUCUACAACCACUCGAAAAGGAAAACUUCCUAAAUGUAUCCCGUUGGUUUCAUCAUCUUCAGCAGCUGGAAGAAAUUCGUCAAGGUAAACUUCUGCUGAACUUUUCCACUCUGCAGCUAUUGGAAUGGGCCACCGGCACUCACACCUAAGCUUUCAAAAGGGACGAUGUGUUCCAACAGUCAAGAGGACAUUUUUUUUGCAAAUGCUACACCACUUUGACACGUGUCUACCAUGUUCGAUUGGUCGUCGGAUUUAAAGGUACGGUAACGUCUUUUUUAAUGUCCGAACUAGAAGCAGUGGCUCAUAUUGAUAUGUAAUAAAUUAUUUGAAUAUUA